AUGUGGUUAGAUUUUGUCGAUGAGGACGAUGAACGCGUGGCUGGAUAUUAUCAAAAAUCUAUAGAAGCGCGGGUCGACGCUUUUCGCUCACUCUACGAGCAAAAGGUCUCAGCCGACGAGGAAUUCCCGGUGCUCUACAACAUUUUGGUGCCAGAGGUAUUCUGCCCCUCAGCCGUUCGGGUGGGCCAGAUUUUGGAUGGCGGGAAAUGGACUUGCCGCCCGUGGGCCAUGCCCAAAAAUUGCGCAGUCUAUUCGCUUGGUAUCGACAACGACACAACAUUUGAGCGGGAUUUUCAAAAAAUUUCCGGGCAACGAUGCCGCAUUUAUGCGUACGAUAUGAAGCGUCCAAUGUUCCCGGAAGUUCUGGAGGGCCUGGAAAAGCUCGAUAUCCACUUUCGAGAGGCGAAAAUCGGGCUCCGGGAUUCGAAGGUUGAGAACACGGUAUCCCUGGAAAACGAGAUGAAACGGCAUCACCAUGGGCAGAUUGAGGUCCUGAAAAUGGACAUUGAAGGGGCCGAAUUCCAAGUGUUGCCCCCGCUCGUCGAAAGAAUUAGGAUUUGUCAGAUCCUCAUCGAACUUCACGGUCUUCCCCCAAAGGUCGUCGGCCUGCUAAUGAAGUUGGGCGAUGGUGGCUACCGUCUCUUUUCCCAUGAAUUGACAGGCGCCGGGCUGUCGGCAGAGUAUUCUUUUGUACACGAGGAUUGUUUACAAAGAUAUAAUGCUCGAAAAAUAGGGUAUUAUCUGGAUAGAAUCUCCGAAAAAUACCGCCAA